AUCUGUUAAAUAUAUAAUUUUAUAUAAUUAUUAAAUAUAUAAUUUUCUCCAAUUUUCCCAAGAAAAUUUAUGGUCAACUGUCUUUUAAAAACAUUUCUUUUUUACACUUUGUCACAGAUGUUCCUGUCAUACUGAAAUGAUGAGAUUACUUUCUCUCUUAAAAUCAGAUUGAAUUACAUCCAUUUUCUACACCUGCUUGUCCUUACAGGGGCCCGGAGGGGUGGCUGAUGCCUACAAUCAGCAGCAAAUAGGUGAGAGGAAGGUAGUUCAAAUUUGUGAACAUAAAAGGAUAACUGACAAUCAGCUCCUGGAAACACUGCAGAUUAUUUUUAUAUUUUGAUUAGUUGGGUAUAAUGCAAAAAUCACUUUUUCACUGCCAUUCAAAAGUUUAGUGUGACGGAACCAAAAGCCAUCUAUCCAUCAAUCCGUUGUCCAUCCCCUCCUAUCCUUGCAGGUUUGCAAGCUAACUGAAGGAAAAAUAUGGCAAGUGGUUUGAUUGAUCCACUUCUUUUUUGAUCAGCACAACUCAUUUUACAUUAUCUUAUCAAUAAAACAACUUUUUAAGUGUCUUGAGGGGUUUUGAACGUAUUUCAGGGGGCUGAAAGAGAGGAUCGCUCAGGGCCGCAUUCACGCUAGAACCACCACUGGACAGCCCACUAUAGCGUGGAUCUGACAGGACAACAUAAACUGCUAAGCCUGGUGUAUUCUCUGUUUAAAUUAAAGGUUAUGAGUUGAUUCAACCAAUUUUCUCAGUAAAUUCAAGCAUGUUUUAUUAUAAACAAUAACUAAAUAAAUUAAAAAAACUUCAGUUAAUGACCAAAGUACUUAAGAUUUCGGGAGCUAAAAUCAGAUAUAAUUUGAAUGUAUUAUUUCGAGUGGCCAUAUAAAACAAUGCUGCAGAAAUUUGAUUGAAUUUCCCCACUGAGCUCGCUGAUUGAAACAAACGAUGCCUUUCGUUGCCAAAUGCGCUCCUGGACUCCCACCAGCGGCUCAGUCUCCUGUCAGCUGUUUGGAGGAUGGUUCGGAGGCAGAUAUGAUGUAAUCAAGCAGAGAGGCAGAGCCAGAGCUGGAUCCAUGCCGCACGAUACAUCUCUGCUGUGAGGAAACGCGUCCGAAAGCCAUCAUGGAGCGGGUUGAGAGACCAGAUCGACGUCGGUGGAGGGGUCAUGUUACAGGGGUUUGAUCCGAUCGUCCUUUCUCCUCGUAAGGAAGAGGGUACUGGAAGCGGGCCAGCGGCACCAUCUCCUGCACCGGCCGGGAAUGCUGCUGGUGAAAUUCUCUUUUUGUAUUUGUAGAUGUAAUUAACCCUCGUGGGCCAGGAGUCGUUUCCCGCCCCUGCUCCAUCAUCAACCGAGUGGAAAUGGUCAUAUCUCCGCCUCCUUCGUUGACAUCGGGCCGCGCUUGCUGUCGCCUUUUCGCCCACGAUGACGACAGGAGGGCGCCCGCUUCGCUUCGGAUAUCUACACAUGCAGGCCCUUCAUUCCUCGCACGGAUCGCAGCAUCAGCUCUAAUCUGAUGUUUUAAAACGCAUUAAUCGCUGCUUCUGCGAAAUUACAUCUGCUGUCAGGAUCGAUUUUCUUUUGUGUAAUUUUUUUCUGACCCCGGAGAUGAUUGCGGUGUCCAUGCAGUAGUUGUUCCUCAGCGGGGGGAAUGAGCUGAAGCCUGCCCGCAGCUGUCCACCGUAUGUCCCUGUGACUUUUCAGGAGCGUGGAGGUGCUGACCGUCUUACAGCGUGGUGUUAAGGAUCCUUCCAGCUCAGGUUUGAACCAUGGCCAAUGAACCUGUGAUCCUUAACGUGUAUGACAUGUAUUGGAUAAACGAAUACACCUCCAAUCUGGGCAUUGGAGUCUUCCAUUCAGGCAUUGAGAUUUAUGGCAGAGAAUUUGCUUACGGCGGUCAUCCUUACCCUUUCAGCGGCAUCUUUGAAAUAAACCCUGGCAAUGCUGCUGAACUGGGAGAGACUUUCAAAUUCAAAGAGGCUAUUGUUUUGGGCACCACGGACUUCACAGAGGAGGACAUUGAUAAAAUCAUGGAGGAGCUUGGUAAAGAGUUCAAAGGGAACGCCUACCAUCUAAUGCACAAAAACUGCAACCACUUCUCUUCCUCACUGUCUGAGUUGCUAUGUGGAAGAGAGAUCCCUCGCUGGGUGAACAGACUGGCUUAUUUCAGCUCCUGCAUCCCCUUUCUGCAGAGCUGCCUACCCAAAGAGUGGCUAACCCCGGCUGCUCUGCAGAGCCACAUCAGCCUCGGCCUCUACAAAGAGGAGCAGAACGAGUCGAGCGAUGAGGACCCUUCGUCACCAUCCAGCGUGGCUGCUGCUGGCUCGGGCUCCUCCCAUAGCUGUCGCCACACCCGGGUGUGAACUGACCCUUCACCGUCUGACGUCGGGAAUCGUAUGUCACUGCUGCUGGGGGCUUCAGUAGGCUUGAACAACCAACUGACCUCAUACUGUUUGGCCUCUGAUUGAAAAGAGGCAGGAAAGAUGUGCACCCUACAGUGCAGAAGCUAGUGAUGGACAGUUCAGACUGUCUGACAACAAGACUGGAAGAAAACUCUGAGACCUGAAGGGUGGUUCUGACUCCACCAGUACACACUUGUAGAUCUGAAGUUUGUAGUAUAACAUUCUUAGUCUUUUCCACAAAAUUCAAAACCUUUGUCAGCCCUGUUCCCUGCCCUGCCUUCAAAGCUGCUUUUGUAGAAAAAAACUUUCUAAACUGCGACAUUACCAGGAAACUGCUAAUCUCCGCUAGUUCAGCAAGUCCUUGUUAAAUAACCUCUAUGUGGCCUUCAGAUGACAUUGCUGUUUCGAGUUUCUCAACAUUGAUCUAUUCUUUGGCCAUUUUAGAGAAUGAACAGGUCAAUUUGGCAUGGGGAGUUGGAAUUGAUAGUAGAUGUUGCAUGUUGAGAGAAUGUGACAAAUUAGACAACUGAACUGAGAUGCAGCGGUGUAACAAAAUAUUUGACCCCUUGCAGAUUUCUUGUGUGCUUUGAUUUUUGUCACAAUUAGAUUAUCAAACUAAUGUUAAUAUCAGAGAAAGAUAAUCCGAGCAGAUACAAAAAGUUUUUUUUAAAAUGAUGAUUUAAUUUAUUAAAUUAUAAAAGCUAUCCAAACCAUCCUGACAGUAUGUGGAAAUAGAAGUGUCUUAGUGUUAGGCAGUGAAUUAAAUGUGGUUAAUCACAUUUUUGAUUAAAUUAUAAUAUUUCUACCUAGUCCUCAAUUUUGCCAGACAUGAAAAAAGGAAAAAAAAAACAUUUGAAUUAAACCUGUGUGAACAUGUAUUGCAAAAACAGAAGAAAUCCUUAAGCAGGUAAAUACUUUUCAUACAUCCUGAGUCAUUAUGUAAACCUUCUCAUGAUCUUUUUGUGGAAGAAAAUCUCUUGACUGAGAAUCACAGAGUGAAUAAGCCAUUAGUUGAGUAACCAGGGGUUGCAAACAAUCAAGAGUGAAUACAUUUAGUUGAAACAGCUGCUGUUUUGAGCCUAAAACAGCUCGGUCACUAUCUCCGGCCAUCUCAGAGAAAAAGUUCUAGCUGCUGUUCUCUCAGUUACUAACUUUGUGACAUAGUGCAUUUUUCUGAAUACUUUUUUAUAUCAAAGUGAUCUUUAUACUGUUAACAUUUGAUGACAUACAGGAUAGAAAACCUAGAUUUCCAGCCAGAGAUGGCUCCUCUUAGUUUAAACCCCGUUUUACCAUUUGAACUAGAGAGACAGAGGUGCUGAGAAUAAGAGGAGCAGAAAUUUGUUUUUUCCUUCCCAUUAAGAGCCCAAUAUGUUGUCUGUGCAGUUACUGUGAGUUCAGCUUAGCAUUAAGAUUGGCCCUUUAUAGGCUAUGGUUCAGCCAGCUGUAUUGACUUAUUAAACUGUUUAUUGUGCCAACGGCAAAACACAAAAAUGAAAAAUCCGGAUUGGUUUUAAGAGAUUAUGUGCUGAACUAUUUUUAGCUUAGCAUCAGCUGCACAGGAAGAGAAAUUCCUGGAAGUCUCUGGGUUUAGACACAAAAAAAUCAUCUAAAAAAAGGAAAUAUUGUUUUUCCCCCUGAUUUUGUUGUCUGUGUGAUGAUUAGGCAAGCCAUAUGUUAGAGGUACUGGAAAGAAGAUAGUGUUACCUGCGAA